AUGAACAUGUCGACCAGCAGCCUGCACAACCUGAUAGCGCACUACCUAGCGCAGAACUACCCGCUCGCGCUGCCGCCCUUCCUAGGCGCGACGGGCAUCCCGCCACCGGACCUCGCGAACCCGCCCGUGCCCGACCUGCCAACGCUGGUCGCGGACGCCGUCUCGGCGCAGCUGGCCCAGCAGCUGGCCGCGACCUCGCUGUCUGCCGGGAUCGACGGCGAGCAAACGCUCGCCGAGCUGAUCAAGGCGCCCCUCCCGCCGACAGCGACGCUGGGCGCCGUCAUCCGCUCCGUGGACGACGUGAGCGCGGCCAACCUCCUCGCCGUCAAGGUGGCCACUCUCCCACGCCGCAGCUUCGACACGGCGACCGCGAGCUAUCACGCACAGUGGGUCAAGUCUAUCGUCGCCGCGAGCGCGGACAGGGCGAUCCGCGUGAUCGACUAUGCGACUGGCGAGGUCACCUCCCUGCUCGAGCUGCACAAGGCGCCAGCGCUCACGUUCGCCGUGCACCCCACCAACAGCCGAUACCUCGCCAGCGGGAGCAUGGACGGGAGCACGGUGCUGUCCGACCUGGUGACGGGGGCGGUGCUCCAGCGCUUCCAGGCCGGCAAGUUUGUCGUGCGCGUCGCGUUCUCGGCCGACGGGCGCUGGCUCGCGGCGGCAAGCUACGACAAGAGCGUGACGCUCUUCGAGGCGGUGGGAAGCGCGCACGCGCCCCCGCCCACCGAGGACGACCUGCCCCUCGACGAGGGGGACGACGCGGAUCUCGCGAUGGAGCCGAGCUUGCGGUACGAGGAGCGCUUCAAGGUCGCUACUGAGGGCAAUCCCGAGGCGAUCCUCUUCCACCCGCGCGGCGAGUGGCUCUUGUUCACUGUUAGGGGCAGCCACGAGCUGCAGUACUUGCGUCUGCCGGGAGCCGACGCCGGGGGCAUGGACUUCGACAGCGCCGCCGCCGCCGCGGAAGGCUCGGUCGCCGCCCGCACGGCGCCGUGGACGAUCGCGACCAAGUCCUUCAACCCGCACCCGCUCGACACGCACGUGUCCUUCGCGGUACUCGACCUCGCGCUGCACCCUUCGGGUAGGGUGGUGGCGUGCUUGACGGGCGACCAUUCGGGCCCGGCAAAGGAGCGCGUGUUGCUGUAUGGCGUCGAGCCGGAGGAGACCGAGCGCCUCGCAUGCCUCUGGACCGGGUCAGAGGGCGACGACUACGUUCUCCCCCGCCUCGCGUGGCUGCCCGACGGCACGGGCAUCGUGACGACCACGCCGACGGGACACUUGCACCUGCUCUCCCUUGGCGGCGAGAAGCGCGCCACGCUCAAGGCGCACGGCUCGCGCGGCGCCGGUACCGGCACGACUGAUGUGGUGCGGGACCUCGAUGUCAGCCCCACUGAGGACGGUGGGUACGAGGUCGUCAGUGUGGGUUAUGAUCGGCGGGUACAGAUCUCGCGCUAG